UCGCUGGUGAAGGAGUGUCCGCUGAGAUAACACUGCCCUGCCCGUUCAAACGCACUUCUAUCAGUCAGUGACAUGUCUGGAGUCUCCACGGUAGGUGUGGAACUUAACUAACUGACCGACGAUCCACGGUACAAACACACAGAGCUAAAGGAGCUAAAGCCCGAGUCAACGAAUAUGUGGCUGUCUAUGAUUGGAAUGACAGCCCUGCCCCACCUGGGUGGGUUGUAUGGUGGCUACAUCACACGCAAAGAAGUCAAGACCUGGUACCAGACUCUGAAGAAACCAUCAUGGCGCCCGCCAAACGCUGCAUUCCCUGUAGUGUGGACAUGUUUGUACACAGGCAUGGGGUAUGGCUCCUACCUGAUAUGGAAAGAACUGGGGGGUUUCACUGAAGACGCAGUGGUUCCACUGGGACUUUAUGGGCUACAGCUAGCUCUGAACUGGGCCUGGACUCCUAUCUUCUUUGGUGCACACAAGAUGAAAUUGGCACUCUUUGAGAUUAUACUUCUAACUGGGACUGUUGGAGCCACCAUGGUGUCUUGGUAUUCCAUCAACCGCACUGCCACGCUGCUACUGGCACCGUACCUGUCCUGGCUGUGCGUCGCCACCACUCUCAACUACUGCAUAUGGAGAGACAACCGUGAGGACAAAGAAGAGUAGCAAAAAGCUCUGUGUGCUGAGAAGACAUGAAUCACUUCACAUCAAAUUAAAUACAUUUUUUCAAUUAGUCCGACUGUGUCUGAGGAUUAAUAAACAAUAAAUCACAAUAAAUUAGUCACUAAGAGCAAAAUCACUCACACUAAAUGAUUAUACUGAAGUUUAUACAGGUUUUUGUAAAUUGUUUUUUAUGAAAUCUAAUGUAUACUUUUAUAAUUGCAAAGGUUUUGUCUGCUAUUAACCUGUUAAAAUAAAGAUUUCUGUCCAAAUUA